AUGUGGGAAAAGAUGGAAAUCGUCCAACCCUUACAAGAAGCUAUAGCGCAAACACCAUCUUAUGAGAAAUUUCUUAAAGACACACUCGUUAAGAAAGAGAAAUUAGAAGAGGAACCAGUAAUCCUGACAGCUAAAUGCAGUGUUGUAUUGCAACAGAGCCUACCAGCUAAGAUGGCAGAUCCAAGAAGUUUCUCCAUAUCCUGCCAACUAGGCAGCGUCUCUAUCCCAAGCGCACUAUGCGACUUGGGAGCGAGUGUGAGUCUACUACCAAGGACCACAUAUGACAAGCUGAACGUGGGUGAACUGAAGCCCACAAAGAUGAUUUUGCAGCUGGCAGACAAGUCAGUGAAAGCCCCUCUCGGGACUUUAAAGGAUGUACCGCUUAAGGUUGGAAACGUUCACGUUCCGAUCGACUUUGUGGUUAUAGAUAUGGACAACAGAAAUGAUGAAUCAUACAUCUUAUGA